AUGGCGCCACUUAUCGUCAACAACAUCGAAGUCACCCAGAUCCCCACCAAACCGCCAGCAUGGCCAAGUCCCAAGGAGCCCUCCCGCGUGGAACUCCCAGCCGGAAGUCAAAAGACCCCAGAGCAUCGUCCGCUCCCGUGCGACGUCAUCCUUGAACGGGACCAGCCGUUGACGCUGCGCGACGGGACCCGCAUCCGCGUUGACAUCUUUCGGCCGAAGACGGACGAGAAGGUCCCCGCCAUUCUGAUGUGGUCGCCCUACGGCAAGACUGACACGGGUGUUAUGAAACUUGAUGCAGUUCCUUUGCGAUGCGGCGUUCCCUUGAGCAAACUGUCGGGCUAUGAGUCUUUCGAGGGGCUAGACCCGGUCGAAUGGGUUCCGAAAGGCUAUGCCAUCAUCAACGCCGACGCCAGAGGAUGUGGUGACUCGGAAGGCGACAUGAGACAGUGGGGUACCCCAGAGGGCCAAGACGGUCACGAUGCCAUUGAAGGCAUCGCGAAGCUGCCCUGGUGCACAGGUAAAGUCGCCAUGGCCGGCAACUCGUGGCUCGCGCUGUGCCAGUGGUACAUCGCCGCCGAGAGACCGCCUCACCUGGCCUGCAUCGCGCCUCUGGAGGGUGCGAGCGAUCAUAUGCGCGAGAGUCUGUGCCGCGGCGGGAUUCCUUCGAUUGAGUUCGGUUCUAUGAUUAACAAUGUGGUUCGCGGUCGUGGCCAACAGGAAAACACCGUCGAGAUGCUGCUCAAGCAUGGGCAGGGUCUCCGAUCGUACUGGGAUGACAAGAGGGCCCGCAUGGACAAGAUCGAGGUCCCGGCCUACAUCCUGGGCAGCUAUUCGACGAUGCUGCAUACCGUUGGGAGCUUCAGAGGCUUCGAGGAGAUCCCUCACCAAAACAAAUGGAUGACAACCCAUGCUACGCAAGAGUGGUUCGACCUGUACAGCCAAGAACGUACAGAUGACUUGCAACAGUUUUUUGACCGCUACAUGAAAGGUGUCGACAACGGAUGGGAGAAGACCUCGCCAGUCAGGUUGGCCGUGCUGGGCUACAACAAGCCACCCGUCAUCGACCUCCCCUUUGACUCUCUGCCUUGGCUGUCACCCAGUGCCACGAACACAAAGCUCCAGCGUCUCUACUUGGGUGCCGAAAAGACGCUGCAGCAGUCCAACAAUACCAACGCCACAACGCUGAGCUACGAGGGCACGGAAACCAUAGUCUUCACGCACACCUUCUCUCAGUCCACGAAGCUGCUGGGCCCGACUAAGCUCGUGGUCCACGUCUCCUGCCCCUCCGCAACAGACUUUGACGUCUACGCCCAGCUCCGGAAGCGAGACAAGAACGGCAAAGACCUCGAGCACCUCAACAUCCCCCUUGAGGCACUCCCCGUAUCCGAUUCCAAGGAGAUCCCCAACACCAACCCGCUCAAGUACCUGGGACCUAACGGUAAGCUCCGCGCCUCCAAGCGCAAGAUCGCGCCGGAGCUGUCGCCGAACUAUUGGCAGACGCUGGCCCACGAUGAAGACAUUGAGGUCAAGGCGGGGGAGAUUGUAAAGAUGGAGGUGUGGAUCUGGCCUACGGCCAUCCAGUUUGAUGCCGGGGAGCAGUUGGCUCUCAAGAUUACCGGCGCUGAUAGCCUGGUGUUGCCAGAGUUUGAGUUCCUGGCCAAGGAGCCGGAGAAUGCGGCCGCUCAGGUUGUGCAUAUUGGCGGAGAGUAUGAGAACUACUUGGAGGGACAUUGGCAUGAUUGA